CCUCCUCCCGACCCCGCCGAAUAAGCCAGAAGAAUGAGAGCAGGUCAGAUUUACUGAGAAAAAUUCGGGAAGCUAGAGAGCGCGGUGAACGCUACAUCGUUGAAACCACUGAGAAGCCUGUUUAUGAAACAGUAGAUGAAAAGACCUACUCCAAGAUAGUCCAAGAACGCAUUGAAGAUGAUUGGAUUGUGGACGAUAAUGGUCUUGGUUAUGUGGACGAUGGUCGAGAAAUAUUUGAUGAUCAUGAUGGUGAUCUUGAAGGAAGCGAAUCUCUUAGGAAAUCUACUCGUGGGUCCACUGGAGUGAAGAAGCGUCAUAAUCCCGACUUGCGCCCCUCGUCCUCACCUCCCAAAUACUCUUCCAAGGAUAUUCGUUUCAUGUUUGCAACUUCCGCUUCCCGUCAGUCUAAGCGGGCUGCUGGUACUGUUGCCGAAGAUGCAGCUUUGGAUGAUUUGCUGGCCGAACUGGAUGUGGUCAGAUCUCUGAAUAUGCCGGCUAAGAAACCAAGAAUGGAUGGAAUUCGAAAGACUCUUCCUGAAAAACGAACUCUAGAACAAUUUCCUUCACCACAUCCCCAUCGUCGGACCUCCCAUACAAUCGGGUCUCGGCCGUUGCAGCCUCCAUAUCGAUCAUCUCAUUCGUCUGUAAAUAUGGAUUGCGCGGCAAUCCGCUCAAAAGAUAGUGGACCAAUAAGGAAAUCUCCGUUUAAGCCCAGUCCCGUGGUUGAACUUGAACCGAGGCCCGAACUUAUCGUGGAAUCAACCGAUGUUCCAUUAGUCGAUGACGUAGAUGCGGGUGAAGAAGACGGGAAGCCAGCUGAAGUGGAGAUCCCGGGACCGGAACUGACUAGUGGUAUGCCAUGGCUUCAUGAAGGUGAUGACGCUGAAGUGUCGCGUGCUGAUGAGGAUCUUUCUGAGGUUCCGUCAUGCGAUGAUUCUGGCGGUCUUCGAUUCUUCUGGUUAGAUGCUUACGAGGAUUUGGCGAACCAGCAGGGUGUGGUCUUUCUCUUUGGCAAAAUUCCAUGCAAAGAACAGUCUGGUUUUUGUAGCUGUUGUGUCCGCGUCAAAGAUUUGGAACGUCGUGUCUUCUUCCUACCCCGUCCAGCAACUGAAUGGUCAGUUAGAGAUGUUUACGAAGAGAUUGUGGAACUCAGUGGCCAAUGGAAAAUCGGUAAAUUUAAAUGUAAACCAACGACAAAAAAGUACUGCUUUGAGGCAGUCGACGUUCCCAGCGAAGCUGAAUAUCUUGAGGUUCGCUAUCCAGCCUCCUAUCCAUCUCUUCCUGCCGACCUUAAGGGGAAAACGUUUUCGCGAAUUCUGGGUUCAACUACUUCAUUUCUGGAAAAUCUAAUUCUUGACCUGCAUUUGCGCGGUCCAUGCUGGUUAGAGAUCAGAGGAGCAACACUCCUUCAGCCACAAUUGAGUUGGUGCAAGGUGGACUACGACUUUUCCUUCCAGCAACCUAACAAAUUGCUCAAAUUGGCGGAUGUUCUGGCAGCUCGUGGGGGUAACGUUACGGUCCCACCUGCGCCGCCCAUUCGAUUGGUGGCAUUGGACAUCAAGUCAGUUGUGCACAAGCAGGGCCAUUCUGCUGAGAUUAUCUCUGUGGGUCUCUUAAUUGACAACCACUUUCAUCUGGACAAACCCAAUGGAAAAAGGACAUUUCGUUCACAUUAUCUUGAUACUGCUUUUUGCAUCGACGGUUCAUCUGAAUCUAGUCACAGGAGUCACGUUUCUUUGUUGGUGCAAGCAACUUAUCUAUUUCUAGUGCUUGCACCACCGAAGGACUCAGUGCUGCCCUACGAUCUCUCGAAGCGGCUUCCAACUUGGGGGCGGCAGUAUCAGCCACCCUCAAGCAGUGGUAGCGGUAGUGAUAGCGAUAUACCCUACGGCAUCGACAUGGAGCCCAAUGAGCGAGCUCUUCUCGGCCGAUUUCUGACACGCAUCCAUCGCCUCGACCCUGAUCUUCUUGUAGGCCACGACCUUUGGGGCAAUCAACUUGACCUCUUGGUACAUCGCCUUGUUUCCCACAAAGUUCCCCACUGGCAUCGCGUUGGCCGUCUCCGGCGCUCACAACACUUUGCUGUUAACUUUAACAGGUCUUGGUUUAUGCGCCAUGCCCUUCCUGGACGGCUGAUAUGCGACAUGCGAGUCUCGGCCCGCGAGCUGAUGAGGUUGCGUACCUACAGCCUCAGCGAAUUAGCUUUUCAAAUCCUCGGGGGGGAUUCAAAGUCUCGACGACAAAUUCCCGCUCUUGUAGCUCGCCAAUUCGUCUCCUCCACCACCCCGGCCGGUUGUUUCGACGAAGCUCUUAUCUCCAGCAUUGAUUUGGAAGUAGACACGGUGGAUUUGGGUUGCCUCUUCCUCUCAGCUGAUGGCGUGAAGGAUCUUGUUGAUUUUUGUCUUUCUGAUGCCCUUCUUAUUCUGCGAAUAGCUCACCAGUUGCAGGUAGUGCCACUGGCUCAUCAGAUCACAUCAAUCUGUGGCAACUUAUUGAGUCGCACAUUGGCAGGUGGUCGUUCGGAGCGGAACGACGCGUUGCUACUGCAUGCGUUCGUGCAACAGGGCUACCUCCCACCUGAGCCAUCUUCACGUCCCCAUUCCGCCCGCAGCGUCAAAGGCGACCUGGAUUGUGUCGAUGUCGAGCAUGAGGGGCGUCGCAAACCCGCCUAUACUGGUGGUCUCGUCCUCGAUCCUAAAGUUGGGUUCUAUGACACUUAUGUUCUAGUGUUGGAUUUCAACUCACUGUACCCCUCCAUAAUCCAAGAGUUUAAUCUCUGUUUCUCCACGAUGGAGCGUUCCUUCUUCGCAGCCAAAGACCCAUCUGAUUCUAACACGACCUCAUUAGAUCUGCACACUGUUCUCCGUUUUCAGGCGACCAACGAGGACACAUAUGUUUCAGAGUUGAUAGCGAGUGUAACGCAGCAGGAUGGAACGAAGGCCUUACAGCAGCAUCUGCCAAUAUCUCGAUCACCUGGCAUUCUACCCUCCGAGGUGCGGCGAUUGGUGGAGAGUCGGAAGGAAGUUAAGAAGCUUAUCGCUGCCGCCUCGGCUGUUGCCGAUGCCACAAAUGCGGCUGCGGUGGCCCAGUGGAACAUUCGCCAACAGGCACUCAAAAUUACCGCUAAUUCCGUCUAUGGAUGUCUCGGCUUCAGUGCUUCUCGCUUCUGUGCACGCAAUCUUGCUGCUCUCGUCACUGGACUGGGACGUGCUCUCCUUGUCAAUACAAAAGAACUCGUUGAAAAUAUGAAACUCGAGGUGAUAUACGGUGACACAGACUCCAUAAUGGUGAAUACCAAUUCUACGGACCUCUCUUCAGCCCUUGCUAUAGGGGAUAAGGUGAAGCACGAAGUGAACCGUCGCUAUCGCCUGGUGGAGCUUGACAUUGAUGGAGUGUUUGCGGCGAUGUUGUUACUGGCAAAAAAGAAGUAUGCUGCAUUGGUCGUUGAACAUCCUUUCCAGUACGUUGAGUGGCUGCGACAGCAACAACCAUUACAGCAGACGCUGCCGUUGCCGCCCACCAAGAUGGAAAUGAAGGGCCUUGACAUUGUCCGCCGCGACUGGUGUCGCUUGGCUGUUGAAGUUGGCAAGUUUUGUGUCACUACUCUUCUCUCCGGCUGCACUACCUCCGAAGCUGCGAUCGAGCAAAUCCAUGAGCGCUUGCGCACCGUUGCUGAACAGGUCCGAAAUGGUAGUAUUCCGAAAACGAACUUUGUAAUUACCAAAAUGUUGACCAAGAAUCCGGAAGACUAUCCUGAUGCCAAAUCUCAACCGCACGUUCAAGUUGCCCUGCGGUUCAACCAGCAAAUGGUUUCCAGCGGCGCUGGAGGCGCUGUUGGUCAUCGAUUUCGUGCUGGAGAUACAGUGGAAUACAUAAUCUGCAAUGAUGGCACUUCUAGAUCAUCUGUGCAGAGGGCUUACUCCCCCACCGAGCUCUCUGUUGGGGUGAGGCCUCCCAAGCUUAACAGUGACGAUGGUGAUCAGACCUUGGGGAUGGGCCAAAAGCAUCAGGAGGAGCGAUUCACUAUCGAUAUACAGUACUACCUGGCAAGUCAGAUUCACCCCGUGGUUUCUCGUCUCGUUGCUCCUAUUGAAGGCACUUCACCGGCGCAUAUUGCCGAUUGUCUGGGUCUCGAUCCUGCUUCUUAUCGUCGUUCAAUGACAGCCGCUGCCGCUGCCACUGCCUUCGCUGACAAUGGAGAGGCAUGUCUUGCUGCCCUCUCAUCGCUAUCAUUUUUUAUUUACUCACAGUUUACUGGCACUGCCUCAAUGUUCUCUCCCAGCUCUCUCAUUGACGUGGAUCCUUUGACUCUGUCCUGCCUCGCCUAUCGCGAUGGCAAACAGUGUUCCGGAAAGGCCCUCAUUCGCACCUCUCCCUUCACAAAAUCUGGUCUUGCCACGUGGGUUUGUCCCGAGUGCGGCGAAGGUCUUUUAGGAAGUGUGAGGUACGCGAUCGCAGCGGUAAACCAGUUGGUGCUGCAAGCUCGUGCUCACAUCGUUGCCUACGAAGUAGGUGUGUUGGUAUGUGAGGAUCCCACCUGCGCCCUUGCCACUCGCACUUCUUCCUGUCCUCCCAGUACCACUGCGUCCGCCUCUGCCGGCGAAGGCCUCUGGGCGUCAGGUACACAGCAGCAACAACAGCCAAUAUGUCCACUCUGUGGGACUGGCCAGAGCCUUCUGCGUCCUUUACACUCCGAGAUGCAACUCUACCGCCAACUCCUCUUCUAUCGCCACCUCCUCCUCCCCCCCGAAUUAUCCUCGUCAGCUGACCUAUCACCAUCCAUAAGAGACACCCUGGAAACGGGUCUGCGACAGGUGCGUCGCUACUUGGCCCAGUCGGCUUUUGCCAUGGUGGAUUUGGGACAGAUCUUCGUUGGUUUACCCUUUACUCAUCCUACUAAUGGGACCGUGACUACGGUAGUGGACUAG